CAGUUGAUUUAUCCAAAAGGACAGCUCACUUAGUUGUGACGUUUAUUUUUCUCACGACGGGCGGGAUAUCCGCAGUAGUAAACUAGCUAAUAACAUGGCGAAGACUUACGAUUACUUGUUUAAACUACUUUUAAUCGGCGAUUCAGGCGUCGGAAAGACCUGUGUGUUAUUCAGAUUUUCAGAAGAUGCCUUCAACUCUACGUUUAUCUCUACUAUAGGUAUUGAUUUCAAGAUCAGAACAAUAGAAUUAGAUGGCAAGAAGAUCAAGCUACAGAUAUGGGAUACAGCAGGACAAGAGCGGUUCAGGACCAUCACGACAGCCUACUACAGAGGAGCCAUGGGCAUCAUGUUAGUGUAUGACAUAACCAAUGAGAAGUCCUUUGAAAACAUCAAGAACUGGAUACGGAAUAUCGAAGAGCAUGCUUCAGCCGAUGUGGAGAGGAUGGUCCUUGGGAACAAAUGUGACUGUAACGACAAGCGACAGGUGUCCAAAGACCGAGGGGAGAAGCUGGCGCUCGAGUACGGUAUCAAGUUCAUGGAGACGAGCGCAAAGGCGAACAUCAACGUGGAGAAUGCCUUCUUAACCCUCGCCAGAGACAUCAAAGCAAAAAUGGACAAGAAGCUGGAGGGAAACAACCCGCAGGGCAGCAGUCAGGGAGUGAAGAUCACAGAACAGCCGAAGAAGAACAGCUUCUUCCGCUGCUCGCUGCUGUGAGGAGACGAGAGUCGGCAUCCACCAUCGCCUUAACGGAGUCCCACUGGACACAACUGGACAGAGCACACUCGCCUCUUACCUUCCUUCACUUCGUCUUCCUCUCUUCUCUCCAUAUUAGGAAAAACAAAAGUGUAUCGCUCCCUUGACAACUGUGAAUCUAACUCCUGUGGCCUCCAUUAGUAAAUCUGUGUCUCUUUUUGUACGGUUGCUAAUUAGAUUCAUACAUCUUGA